GGGCCAGCGGGGCACGUGUCUCGGGACGCAGUUGGCGGCCGCCGGGCUGGAGCUCCGAAGCUGGGCGGCUCCCGCUCCGCUUCCGCCGUUGCCACCGCGCCUGUCUAGACCCGACAGGCCGUUCCGAGGACCGCGACCAAGAGAGGGACGCCGACAGCCAGUCAUGGCCGAAACGGCGCCUGCCCUGGCUCCAGAGAGAGACAAAGGCCCAGGGGCCCAGCAGCCUUCCACACCUUCCAUGCCCCAAGCAGCUGCUGAGAACAACUCCUAUCUCUACUCUACUGAGAUCACACUGUGGACAGUAGUGGCUGCCAUUCAGGCUUUGGAAAAGAAGGUCGACUUCUGCCUGAACCGAAUGCAGAGCCUGGAGGGACGCGCGGGGACAGCCGAGAAGAAGCUGGCCGACUGUGAGAAGACGGCUGUGGAGUUUGGCAACCAGCUGGAGGGCAAGUGGGCCGUGCUGGGCACACUGCUGCAGGAGUACGGGCUGCUGCAGCGGCGCCUGGAGAAUGUGGAGAACCUGCUGCGCAACAGGAACUUCUGGAUCCUGCGGCUGCCCCCGGGCAGCAAGGGGGAAGUCCCCAAGGUGCCCGUGACCUUUGAUGAUGUGGCCGUGUAUUUCUCGGAGCUGGAGUGGGGCAAGCUGGAAGACUGGCAGAAGGAGCUCUACAAGCAUGUGAUGAGGGGCAACUACGAGACGCUGGUCUCGCUGGAUUAUGCUGUCUCAAAGCCAGACCUCCUCACCCGCAUAGAGCGUGGAGAGAAUCCUUGUCCUGAAGAGCGGUGGGGCCAGGAGGAGAGUGAGAGGACUGCUCGGCCAUGGGAGCCAGGUGCUGGCAGAGAGAGAGAUGGAGAGAAAUCUUCCUUCAGCUCAUUUACUGCUCAAAUGCCCACAACAGCCAGGAUGGAGCCAAACCAAAGCCAGGAGCCAGCACCUCCCUGCGAGUCUCCCGUGAGGGUGCCAGACACCGGGGCACCUGUGUCGCCCUCUGCUGCCUCUCAGUGUGCGCACUGGCAAGAAGCUGGAUCGGAAAUGGGGUCCCGUGACCUCCAGCAGGGACUCGGCAGGAACAUGGGUGUCCCGAGAGGCCUCCCUCUGUGCCCGGAGCGCAUUCUCAGCCCUGCCAGUCCUGCCCACAAGGAGUCCACACAUGGGCAGGCUCCUGAGCUGCAGCAGCGUUCAGAGGCGAGAGUGAUCCCAUGCGAGCCAGGCACUGGGCCUCCAGCCAGCACCAGUGUUUUGUCCUCGAUUAAACAGGAAGGAGACUCUUCCGAGGGGGAGCUGCCUGCCUCCACUCCCAGAGAUGUCCUGCCCAGCAUGGGGCCAGGUGUUGUGACCAUCAAGACAGAAGUGCUAUCAGAUGAUGAGAUGUUGCCAGAGCAGAUCUUCCUGGGGACUCCGAGCCAGACCACCUAUCAAAUCCCCGAAGGGCCCAGGAGCAAGUCCCGGGGCCCCAGCCAACAUCCUGCUGAUCGGGUACCAAGGGUGCGGGUCGCCGAGCUUCGGUCACCGGGGUCUGUGGGCCAAGCGCCCCGCGUCCUGCCCCGUCGGCGAGAACGGACCUUCCCCUGCCCUGACUGCGGCCAGAGCUUCCGCUUGAAGAUUAACCUGACAAUUCACCAGCGGACACAUGUGGAGAAGGAACCCAGGGAGACUCCGGGCAGCUCGGCCACUGAGUGGGGUGAAACUGAAGCUCCCUCUGCCCUGGAGCCGGGGGAGGUGGUGGUGCCCGGGCCGGUCAUCCGCUGGCUCCCUGAGGAGCCCCAGGGCCACGCCUUCAUGGGCCACAAGCCGGCCACCUCCAAGGUGUACCACUGCAGCGAGUGCUUGCGCUUCUUCCAGCAGAAGAAGAGCUUGCUUCUGCACCAGCGGCUGCACACAGGCAACAGCCAGGGCUGGCCUGCCUGUCCCUACUGCGGCAAGGCCUUCCGCCGGCGCUCGGACCUCUUCCGUCACCAGCGCAUCCACACCGGCGAGCGGCCCUACCAGUGCCUGCAGUGUGGCCGGGCCUUCAACCGGAGCCACCACCUGGCGGUGCACAUGCAGACUCAUGCCCGAAGCCACACAGGCCUGCACUUCUCCACGUCCUCUGCCCACCACGGGAGUCCACCCCUGCCUAGUCCCAGCCACCUGGAGGAGGGCUGACCAGGCCGAACCCUGUCGGGACCCCUCUGGCACCACCUGCCUUGCCUGGAGAGCCUCCUCCCAACCCCCCAGCCCUCGUGUUCUCAGGUGGCUUGGCAAAGGGGUGUUUGGUUUUUUUCAUUCAUACGGGAAGCUGCAGCCCCUUUGGUGUCAGCUGCCUCCAUUUCCCGUCUCCUAAGUUUGUCCCUGCUGCCUUUUCUACAUUCCUGACCUAUAAAGGAUUCCUUCAGGCUUAUGGAACGGCAGUUUCUGUUGAGGGUCUUUGGCAGGUGCUACAGACACUAGCGGACCAGGGAUCGGGGCCUUUCCACCGUGACAUUGACUGACCGCA